UAGCCGCCUCUUUUAAAUGCGGUAUACCUUUUCUAUUGUGUGAUCAUCGCAUCGUUACGUAUUUCGAAACGAAACUGCACUAUACAAAAGUGAUCAUGAUUGAGAGAGAUUAAUCGAGUACUUAGUUUGUUUUAUAAUAUCUUGUUAAUAAAUGAAUCAUUCAUACAUAAUCAAAGUGUAUAGUUUUGUAAAAUAAAUAGCCUGUUAGAAGAAGGACUCGGAAUUUCUACAGCAGCUGAUGUGUAAAGAUGGCCAAGCUCAAUACAAACAAAUAGUGAUCAGUUAUGUGCUGAUUUCACAACUGACUGUGCACUAAGGGUAUUUUUAUAUUUAUAGACAAACAAUAAGGAUAUUUAUUUUAUCAUACGUUGAAAGAUGGCUUAUGAUCCACGUAAUAUAAAAUAUCCAUCGGAUAUGCACAACCAUCAACAUAAUCAGCCUAAUAUCACUGGAUAUACAUACUCUGGACAUCCAGUAACUCAUGUUCAACAAACAGAUGAAAAUAGAAAUGAGAAUAAUUGUGGAAAUAAGGAAACAUGCCCUCAGAUAUCUCAUCAAUCUUCUGGUACACAGACUAUUCAAAAAGUAGAUGCAGCAACUAUGACUGAUCCGUUACAAAUAGACUUUAGACUUACUUCAGAAUACUUAGCACGAUGUUCUAGUACAUUAGGUUUACCAUAUGUAACUAAGUAUGAAGAAAAUAGCAAUAAUUCAACGCAUAAUUGCCAAGAAAUUCGACCAAAAAUUGAAUUUGAAGUCGAGCCACAACAUAUCAAUGGUAUGUUAAUAUAUCAUUGUCCAGAAUGUGCAUACAGAUUUGAAGACAGAGAGGCAUUACAUGAACAUCUAGAAGAUCACAGGCAACGACCUCACAUUUGUGAUAUUUGUGGUGCAAGUUUAAAACGCAAGGAACAUCUAGAUCGUCACAAACAAGGACACAAUAAAGAUAGGCCUUAUCAGUGUAAUAUGUGCUGCAAAGCAUUUAAACGCAAUGAACAUCUUGCACGUCACAUGAUUAUACACUCAGGUAGCAAAAAUCAAGUUUGUACAGAAUGUGGCAAAGCUUUUUAUAGAAAGGAUCACUUAAAAAAACAUUUGCAAAGUCAUAAUAGUAGCAGAAGCAAAAAUCUAAACAGUUCACAGAAUAAUCAGAAUAGCCAUAAUAAUGGUGAAGAAGGAUUAAGUAGUUUUGCAAUGAUGAUGAGGCAGACUGGGCCACCUCCAUUUUCUAUUUUGAGAACUUAAUACAUUUUUAUCUUAAUCUUAAAACAAAGUUGUUUUAUAAUUUAGGCAAUUUAAAUUUGAGAGAUUGAUACAGCGAGCUUUAUCAGAGACACUUUCAUGAUGUAAUGGAAUAGUUGUUGAUGGUUCCAAAUUUUGCAGUUAUAUAUAUAUAUAUGUAUUAGUCUGGAAAUGCUACUUAUAAUGUAGCUGAAAAACAAACAGGCUCUAAAUUAAUUUUGCAAAUUUUAUAUUUCUCUUUUUAAUAUGCCUCUAAUGUGCACAAUAUUCUUAAAGUAAGAACGUACCUGUUAAGGGCAAUUUUUUGAAAUGUAAUAUAUAUAUUUAGAUACUUUAAACAAUUUUAUUUAAAAAAGAUAUUUAUAUAAAUUAUUCAAGCUUUUAUAUAAAUUACAACUGGGUAUAAGCCUAGAAUUGUUGAAUUCUUUUCUUUAAAUUUUAUAUUUGAUAUGAUGUUCGAAAUGUAUGGAAAGGGCAAGAAUAAAACUAGCUUAGCAAUAAAAGUUUUAGUUUCAAAUUUAAUAAAAAAAUGUUAGUAUAUUAAUUAGAUGUAUCUUACUGUGUAUUCUAAAUUAAAGCAGCCUUUAUAAGACCAGCUUUUAAAUACUUUCAUCUUUAAGCAAAAAGAGAUGCAAAUACUUUAUAAUACGGUGCACAAACAAUUCUUAUUAUGCUCAAGAUACUGAAAGAAGAUGCGUAUUUGUUAUAUAUGAUGUGUAAAAGUGAAACGAAAAUACAUGAUUUUGUUUUCUGCUAAGAUAACGGUAUCAAUCAUCUUGGAUCAUGUGCCUAAAAGAAACAGCAUAAUAACACCUAUCUUUGCACGUAAUUAUGAAAAAGGAAUAUAAAAUCAACGUUAAGAAUAGUCUGUAAUCGAUGGAAUACAUUUUAUAGCUCUAACUGGAAAGGAACAUUGCAACAAAGAACGGACGUUUUAAAAUAAAAAACAAAGCGUUGCAUAAUUAUUUUUUAUCGAUAUUAAUUUCUCCGUUACUUUUUAUUUAUAUGCCUUUACCUUCUUUCAUGUUGUAUAUUGUAAAUAUGUAGGAUUAAAGAAACUUUGAUCCAAGUUAGAGUAAGAGCAAUGUUCCUUAAUGUUUAAAGUUGAAACAGUGAAAAGUUGAAACAUGAAUGUAAGGAUAUGUCAUGUUAAAUAAUUUAAUACUACGGUUUACAUUGUGCGAGCGUGUCAGUAUGUUUGUACGUGUGCUAUAUAGAAAUAUAUAGAUACGCGUAUAAUAUGUAGUAAUAUGUAUUGUAUUAUAUUAAUAUGUUAUAUGUUAUACGCGUAUUUACACGUGAAAUGUUACGUCAAAUUACCCCUGUAAAUUAUGUAUUUAUAUUUAUUAAGAAGAACCGACUAUAUAUCGGCUUUAUUAUAUAACGCUUCCAAAGUGUACAUAAUCGGACAUAUUACGUGAAAUGUGGUUAAAAAAAGAUCAACGUUUUGUUAUCGGUUGUAGUAGUUACAAUUAAACUAAUAAAUCAUUAUUACAUAAAA